AUGGAUGACCCAUUCAAGUCAUUUUGCACCAGCGUAGGCCUGGAAGACUCUCAGUCACAAGCCGUGGCGGACAUGAAUCCGAAGCAACGACUAGAACUAUCCUGUUCGGCAGUCCAGAGUUGCAUUGGGACAGAAAACGUAGGCGUCGCACCUCUAAAUCAGGCUGUCAUCAAUGAGAACUGGUCACAGUCUUGUGUCGCUCAACCAUAUUGUGUUGUCCAACCUGCAGACGCGAAACACGUAGGACAGGUUGUCAAAAUAAUCAAAUAUUUUGGAGUGAAAUUUGCUGUUCGGAGUGGAGGCCACUCACCUAACCCUGGCUGGUCGGCAUUGGCCUUGGACGCCGAAGGGACCUCCGUUAUUGGGGGCCGAAUCCCAGCUGUUGGGGUCGGGGGGCUGAUUCUUGGCGGUGAGUUUUUCCACUUUUCAGGUGAAUUUGGCAUGGCCGCAGACAACGUAAAGAAUUUUGAAAUUGUGCUGGCGGACGGCAACAUUACGAACGCUAAUACGAAUGAGAACACCGACCUUUUCUGGGCCCUAAAAGGCGGAGGAUCAAAUUUCGGUAUAGUCACAAGGUAUGAUCUAUACACUAUCCCCGUAAGAGAUAUCUGGUACAGGUGGGAUAUGUAUGCCGUUGACCAGGCUCCGGCUGUUCUUGACGCUAUGGUGAAGUGGCAAAACGAGGGCGCAUCUGAUCUGAAAUCGACUGUCGCUCUUAUCAUAGGACUCGACGGUGUUGUGGUUGGCUUGAUCUACUCGGCCCCGGCCAACCAGCCAAGUGCCUUUGCUCCUUUCCACGAGCUACCGACCCCCGUUGCAGCUAUUGUGCCUCCGUUGAAUGGGACGGUUAAGACAUUGACCGAUUUCCUAAGCAAUACGUUCAGCGAUCAGCCUCUACGACAUGACUAUCGCGGCGUUAGCACGCGAAUAGAUGGGCAACUGUAUCAAGAUGUUUACAAAUUGUGGCGACAGCGAGCUCUUGCUACCCGGGAGGCAACCGGCGCCAACCAGACUUUCACCAUUCAGCCAAUUCCGAAGAAUUUAGCCGAGCAGGGAAUCGCGAAGGGCGGAAACCCUAUGGGAAUUCCACAAGAAGACCACCAGUGGUGGACCACAGUUGUUGAUUGGGCGAAUGCGAGCGAUGAUGAUGCGGUACGGUCGGUUUCUAUCGAUACAACUGAGGUGUGGAAUACGCUUGCGCGAGAACGUGGAUUGGAUCUCCCAUUCAUAUUCGCAAAUGACGCGUCAAGAGACCAGAACCCUCUUGCUUCAUAUGGAAAGGAGAAUGUGAGCAAGCUCAAGCAGGUCUCUCUAAAAUAUGACGAGAGCCAGUUCUUCCAGAAACAACAAAAUGGUGGCUUCCUACCGUCAAAGGUAUAGACAGCAGAUUUGGGCAGAACCUAGACGCUCGAGCAGAAUAAGAAACGCCACAAAUCGCGCCCCACAAGACCAGAGGCAUGGACCACUUCAUGGCGUAGCACAUUAAGCUCGCUGAUGUAUUAUGCCCAACUUCUCCGACCCGAGACACGAGCGAGCGGAGUUUUUCUCCUCGUGAGCCGUCCCGUCCUCCAACACCUUCUUCUAUGGGUUUCAUAGACCAUAGGCAUCAUAAAUGAGUAUGUAAUGCCAAAUGAUAUUUCUGAGCGUCUACAUACAGAAAAGCGAGUUUCCAGUUAUAUAAAGAAGCACUAGGGUAUUGAUAAAGAACCGUAUUCCUCAACUCCCAAAACACCAUUCCCCAUAUUGUUACAUACCUAGGUGGGUACGGAGUUACGGAGUUUCAAUAACCCCGACCCAUUCUAUUCAACGCCGUCGA